UCUAUUUUUCACUGUAUUUAGCAUUCGACUGAGAAACUAGCAAUAAAUAUGCAAAGUCGGGUUUCUUGCCUUCUUAGUACUUUGAUACAAUGAAAGAAAGAUAUAAUUUAUAAUUGUAAGCGUUGUCGUUUGUUGCUGACAUGCUGUGGCCAAUUGUUGAGGCAUUAAGGGCUCUAAAGCAUACAUUUUCAAGUUUCAACUCUUAGCGCUGUGUCAACGCUGCACCAUAACCAUGAUCAAAGACAAGUCGGCCAAGCAGAUAUUUCAGCAGGUCAUCUGACUCAGUGUUUGUUGUCGAUGAAUGUAAAUAAAUAUGAAAAUGUUAAUACAAUAUGCAAUUUAAAACUGAAAGCAUUGGUAAUUGCCUCAGCGAAACCUGAUAGGAGAAAGGUAUAAUCAUAAUUGACAAAUAGUUUGUGAUUUGGAAUGGAAGACCAUAUGGCGUAAAAUCUCUUUAACGUUUUUACAACGGUGUAGGAUGUUGCGUUUUGUUUUGCCCAAAUACUUCUGAACUGAAAUGUGCCUAAUAGUAUUUACAUAUAAAUAAUAGAGAUGUUUUUGGUUGGAUUGACGGGAGGAAUAGCAAGUGGGAAAAGUUAUGUGGCUUCCAUGUUGAAUGAAAAAAAUUGCAAAAUUAUUGAUAUGGAUAAAAUUGCACGAGAAGUGGUAGAGCCUGGAAGACCAGCAUGGAAAAGAAUCCUGAAAAACUUUGGCAAAGAUAUUCUUAUGUUAAAUGGUGAAAUAAAUAGAACAUUACUUGGUGAAAUUAUUUUUGCUGAUGAAAACAAAAGGAGAAUUCUAAACAGAUGUACACACCCUGCUAUUCGGAAAGCUGUGUUUUUCAGGCUACUCAAAUUAUUUUUUCAAGGGCAUCGAUUUGUCAUUUUGGAAACACCAUUGUUGUUUGAGUCAGGCAUUAUUGCAUCGUUUAUGCACAAAAUCAUUGUCGUCUAUUGCGAUCCUGAUACCUAACUACGUCGACUAAUGAAAAGAGAUGGUUUUACGAAAGAGCAAGCUGUUCAGAGAAUUAACGCUCAGAUGGCACUAAGAUUAAAAUGUGAACGAGCCAAUUAUGUUGUAGAUAAUUCUGGUUUACGUGAUCAAACCUUGAAACAAGUAGAAAAGAUACACUAUGAAUUGACUAACUCUAACUUUUAUCUUCGUGUGAGAAUGAUAUUAGGAAUAUUUUGUAUAUCAAUAGCUCUGGUUAGUUUAUUAAUGAUCCGAUUGCUUUUUUGACUACGUUUUUUGCUUCGCGAUCUAUGUGAGCAGUAACAUAAGGAUAUAGACUCUUUAGCCGUUCGUGAUAACUGUGAUCGUUCGUUUUAUAAGUUGGCAAGUUUUUAUAAAAGUUGUAGAGAAAAAGAAAUGAUAUAGAUACGAAAUAAAGUAUCAACUGAGUAUGUAUUAUAA